AUGCUGUUUUCGGUGGAUUUCUUCAGUAGGCCGUUCGACCACUUUCUGUCGUCUGACGACUCCGGCGGCUUCCGCCACGAGAGGACUGUGUUCCGCGACGACGCUCAAUGGGGCGGGCCUGAGCCUGCCCCGAGCACUACCAUCCGUAGCGCGGGACAACUGCACCAGGUGCUUUACGUGCUCCAGGACGCAGCGUCCUUGUGGUACCCGGAGUGCCUCGCGGCCGUCUUCCGUGUCAUCCAUGGUGAUACCGUUCAGAACGUUCCCACCACGGCCCCAACCCUGCUACUCACGGCGAUGUGUAACCUGUACCAAGCCGUGUUCUAUGAGAUUUACGAUGAUAUCCGUUAUGGCGUGGAUCUGAGGGAUUUAAGCACCCGGGCUGCACGCAUAUUGCACCGGACUUUCCAGGCGUACCAACAAUGA